AUGAACACAGAUACAGGUGUGGGGCCCCCUGCUGGACGGGAGGGGCUCAGCGGCCAAGGCUGUAGUAUGGUCCGGGCACACUGGGGGGCGACGAGGUGUGAGGUUAGAGGUCGGGGCCUCCUCCUGGUCUCCUCCUGGUCUCCUCCUGGUCUCACACACAUCUACAGUGUUGUACUUAAGGAGCAGGAGGUAGAUUCUCAAGACGAGAUCGAGGGAAGGAGAAAUCCUGUGUGUGAGACGGACAACAGCUCCAGCGCCAGGGGUGAGGGUCAGAGCGAGGGGUGA